UUCAAUUUUGCAAUUUUUACAAUCUUUAUCAUAGACUGCAGAAUUGUUGGCAUAAUCAUGACAAGAUAUUAUGCUAGUAGGUUCAACAUUUUUACAAAAACGUUACAAAGGGCAUCUAGUGUACCCACACGUCCCUCCGUACCUGAAAAGCGUGAAGUAUUUCAACCGCGUCACGAACAAACGCAGAGUCAAGAUCGAACAGAAGUAUCACAGGAACAAGCAGAAGCUCCACCGAUGAGUGCCUCAACAACGGAAGAAAGUGUCGCACCGACUAGUACGGAACCACUACUAAAUUUAGCACGUGGUAGUCUUAGUAUGGCUAGUAAUAUUAAAUUCGAAUUAAACGGUCAACAGGCACUACCGAAUUUGCCUAAUAUAAUACCAUUGCAAGGUCAUUUACAUCAACAGGGAUGGUUAUAGAGAUUAUAUUUUUAUUGCUCGCUGCCCACAUUCAAGUUUAUAAUACUAAGUUAAACAAAAACAGUGGUAAAUUUAAGUUUUAUACUUUUAUUUGUGCUUGUUAUGUGCUUUUUCUAUAUCCAAAUUGAUAUUCAGAUGAGAAAAACAC